AUGUCAAUUUUUCUUGAAGUUUUGAAAUGCCUCUUUUGUAUUGAAGAUGAGCGUGAGAAUUAUGAUUAUAAUCAGAUUCCCAGACAAACUUAUGAUUCUAAAAUUUCCUAUAGAAACCGCUCCCCACCCUUGACUUCUACUAAUCAAUCUCCAGCCUUCUAUAACUAUAAAGCCCCAUCACCUCCAUCUCAACCAGUCAAAUCUCCCUUUAGUUCAUCUUCAUCAUCCCCUAAGCCUCCGACAUCUUCAUCGAAACCGCUGCAAUCUUCUUAUAUCAGUACAUCUUCUCCAUCUCCUAAAUUCCCAACAUCUUCUUCUUCUUCAACAUUCCCUAAGCCCCCAACAUCUUCAUCUAAGCUGCCUCAAUCAACUUUUGUUAAUCCAUCUUCUUCCAAUGCAUCUCCAUUUAUUCUUGAAUUCCCAACAUCUGUAUCUAAACUACAACAAUCUUCUUCUGUUGAUCAGCGUUCAGCAUUGCCUAAACCCCCGACAUCUUCAUCUAAGCUGCCCCAAUCCACUCUUGUUAGUCCAUCUUCACCAUCCCUUCAACUCCGAACACCUUCAUCUAGACCAUCUCCUCCUAUACUGUCUACAUCCUCCUUUAAACCACCUCAGGCUUCAUCAAAAUCACAUUCAUCAUCGCCAAAUCCUCCAACAUCUUCAAAACCAUCACCAUCCUCGGGACGGCCAGCGUCUUCCACUACACUCCCUCCAAUCUUUAAGCAA